AUGUGGAACACCUCUGACGCCAGCUUCUCCUGCUACCAUGAGUCUGUGCUGGGCUAUCGUUAUGUUGCAGUUAGCUGGGGGGUGGUGGUGGCUGUGACAGGCACCGUGGGCAAUGUGCUUACCCUGCUGGCCUUGGCCAUCCAGCCCAAGCUCCGUACCCACUUCAACCUGCUCAUCGCCAACCUCACACUGGCCGAUCUGCUCUACUGCACCCUUCUCCAGCCCUUCUCUGUGGACACUUACCUCCACCUGCACUGGCGUACCGGUGCCACCUUCUGCAGAGUGUUUGGGCUCCUGCUUUUUACUUCUAACUCUGUCUCCAUCCUCACCCUCUGCCUGAUUGCACUGGGACGCUACCUCCUCAUUGCCCACCCUAAACUCUUUCCCCGAGUUUUCAGUGCCAAGGGGAUAGUGCUGGCACUGGUGGGCACCUGGGUUGUAGGUAUGGCCAGCUUUGCCCCUCUCUGGCCUGUCUAUAUCUUGGUUCCUGUAGUCUGCACCUGCAGCUUUGACCGCAUCCGAGGCCGGCCUUACACCACCAUCCUUAUGGGCAUCUACUUUGUGCUUGGGCUCAGCAGUGUUGGCAUUUUCUAUUGUCUCAUCCACCGCCACGUGAAGCGAGCAGCACAGGCGCUGGACCAAUACAAGCUGCAACAGGCAAGUGUCCACUCCAACCAUGUGGCUGGAAAAGAUGAGGCUAUUCCUGGGCGUUUCCAGGAGCUGGACAAUGGGCUAGCAUCGGGAAGGCCCAGUGAGGGGAUUUCUUCUGAGACAGUCAGUGCUGCCACCACCCAGACCCUCGAAGGGGACUCAUCAGAAGUGGGGGACCAGAGCAACAGUGAGGUAACUAAGCAGAUGGAAGAGAAAAGCCCUCCAGAAGCCAAGUCCCGGCCAACUAAAGGAGCCCGAAGAGCUCAGGACUCUCCAUCAGAGUUUGGAAAGGUGACUCGGAUGUGUUUUGCCGUGUUCCUUUGCUUUGCCCUGAGCUACAUCCCAUUCUUGCUGCUCAACAUCCUGGAUGCCAGGGUUCAGGCCCCCCGAGUUGUCCACAUGCUUGCUGCCAACCUCACCUGGCUCAAUGGUUGCAUCAAUCCUGUGCUCUAUGCAGCCAUGAACCGCCAGUUCCGCCAAGCAUAUGGCUCCCUCUUAAAACGAGGGCCCCAGAGUUUCCAUAGGCUCCGUUAG